AUGAAACCUUAUGUUAAAAAAUUUACAAAUUAUAAAAAUUCUUUUAAUGAUGAAUCUAUUUCAAAAAGGAGCUUCAAUAUCUCUCAAUUGAAAAAUGAAAAAAAUGAAAAUUCCUCAUUACACGAAAAUGUAUAUUAUUCUAAAUAUAAAGAUACACCUAAUUUAGGUAGUAGUAAACAUUCACACAAUUUAAAUAAUACUAAAGAUAUAAAUAGUUUAAAAAAUACAAACAGUAAAAAUUAUAUAGACAAUUCAGAUAAAAAGAAUGAUAUAUAUGAUUUAGAGAGCAAAAAUGAUUUAAAUAAUUUAAAAAGUAAAAAUUAUAUGAUUAUAUUAAAAAAUAAUACUAAUAAAAAUAUAACUAAUACAAAUAAAAGAAAAUCAAUAUUUGAAGAGAAAAAGGGAAACAUACUAAAUAAUAACAUAAAAAGAAAAUAUAUCGAAAAUAAUAAGAAGAAAAUUAAUGAAAAUAAUAAUGUAGAACAUAUCAACUUAGAAAAAAAUAUAAACUUAAAAUGUAUUAAUUCAAAUAAUAAAUUUAUUGAAUUAAAAUCAUUGGCAUCAAAUUCAAAGAAAAUAGAAAACCUAAAGAGUACUAUUAGUGAUCAUAUUGAAAAUUUUCCACGUAUUAAAAAAGUAUUGUCUAAAUUAAAAAAUAAUGAUAAAGAAUCAAAAUUUAAAUCUAUAUCUAUAUCAAAAACGCUUACUGAUAAAAAAGACAAAAAAGAACCUAUAAAUGAAAAUAUUUCAAAUACAAAUAAAAAAGAUAGUAUAUUAAUCGAAAAAAAUAAAACGAAAAACGAAACAGCAUAUUAUGAAAAUAGGAAAACAAUUUCACGAAUAUCCCUUAUUAAAAAUAGUAAGAUAAAUCAAAUAUGUACUGAGAUUAAACAAAAUAAUAUUUCUGAUAAUAUUUUAAAAAAUAAAAGAGAUGAAAAUAUUAAUUCAGCAAUUGAUGAUACAAAAAAGAAUAUCUUAAAUAUGAAAGUAAAAGAAAUAAAUAAGCCUUCUUUGCUUUGUAUUAAUAAAAAUGAAAAAAAUAUCAAUAAAUUCAAUGGGUUCUCUCCUAAAUAUCUCUCUAAAUAUAAGUCUUCAAUUCAAAAAAAAACAACUAAUUCUCUGUCUAAUGAAAAAUUUCAUCAAAAUUUAAAAAAAAUUUUAAUUAAUACAAUUAUAAAUCCUCAAAAAGAAAAAAAUAUAUCAGAUCAACUUUUUCCAAAAAAUUCAUAUGACACUAUUAAAAAAGCAGAUGCUUCUUUAAAUAAAAGUAUCUUAUGUUAUAAAGAAAAUCUUAAAAAUGCCAUUAAAAGCGAUUUAUCAAAAAAUUCUAUUAAUAUAAAAGAAAAAAUACCAUUAACAAAAAAUACAAAUAAUUCUGAUGUAAAACAAAAGUUAAUUAGAAGAUUUUCUACAAUAGUUGAUAGCCAACGUUUUACUUUUAAAAAAAAUAAUUUAACUAAAAGAUUUAGCAUUUGGGGAAAUGAAAAAAAUAAUCUAGCAAAUAACGAAAAUAAAUUAAUUCAUGAUAAAUAUAAAUUAACUUAUGAUAAAAAUAAGUUAGAAUGCGAAAAAAGUAUACAAUUAAAAAAAAUAGAAAUUUAUAAUUACAAGAAUUUUCCAAGUAAUAUAAAUAAUAAAAAUAAUUAUAAAUCUAAUAUAUUAUAUAAACAAAUUAAUAAUAUAGAAGAAAAGAAAAAUAUAUUAAGAAAGAGUGAGCCCGUUAAAGUUAAACAGCUCACAUUAUUAAACAAAAGAAAUAUCACAUUAGAAAGUAUUAACAAAGAAAAUAAAAUAAAUAAAUCAAAAGAUGUGGAAAAAAAAAAUGAGGUAUUUUCAAGCACAUUAAAAAAAUUAAAUACUUUAAAUUUACCAAUUAAAAAAAUAAAUGUUUCAAACAUAAAUAAAGAGUGCACAUUUUUGAACAGAGAUUUAAAAACGAAUGCAUAUAAAAAUUUCAAUCAAUCAAAAAAAAAUAUUAAUAUUAAACUAAAUAAAGAAACGAAUGAAAAUCUAAAAAAAAAUGAUAUAUUAGAUCAUAGAGUUGUAAUAAAAAAUAAUUUGAGUAUAUCGAAUAAUUCCUUAAUUAAUGAAAAAAACGAUACAUUAAAAAAUGACACAUAUAUACAAAGUAAUAGUAAUAAUGAAAAUUUAAAAUUACGUGAUAAUCUUAAGUUAAAUGGAAAUAUUAUUGAUGAAAAUUAUCUAAAAAUUAAUGAUCAAACACUGGAGAAAGAAAAUAAAAAACAUAAUGAAAAUAAAGAUUACUAUUCUCCAAAAAUUAAUUCAAGUCAAGAUAAUUUCCUUAAAACAUGUUUUUAUGAGGAUAAAUUAUCAAGAAAAGAAGAGAUUCAAGAUAAUUCUAAACUACUAUUAAAAAAUACUUUAAGUAAGGCUAACGAUAAUAUUAAAAGUAUACCUAGUUUAAAUAAUAAAUCUGAAAAACUAUCUAAUUUAAAUUUUAAUGAUUGUAAUUCAAAUAUGAAUUAUUUUUCAGAUGUCUCAUCUUAUAAAAAAACAAAACAUUUAUCUUUUAUAGGAAUAAAAGAAUCUAAUGAUAAUAGUAAAAAAAAAAAAAUUGGAAAGAAAUUUAUACUUGAUGAUAAUAGAAAUAACUCUGAAGAUAACUUCAAUGAUGAAAACAAUUUCUUACUAAAAGAAAAAAAAAAAAAAUUUAUUAAACAACUAAAUUUUGAUGAAGCUUCAUGGAAUAAUAAAGAAUGCAAUAACAAUAAUGUAAAAGAAAAAGUAAAUAUUCAAUUUAAAGAUGAAAAAAUAUCACCAAAUAAAAAAAUUAUAAAUAUACUAGAUGAUAAAAGAAUGAAUGAAAAUUCUGAAUAUAAUGAAAAAGUAGAGAAUAUAUUUACAUAUAGCAAAGAGAAAAUAUAUAAGCAAGUGAAUAUUAGAAAAAAUUCUUUUAAAUUAAGUAUAAAUAAUAAAAUUUUACAUAAUGAUAAAUUAAAAGAAAAAACAAAUGAUAAGAUUGAUUUGAUUUUAAAAAAAAAUGUUGAAUUAAAAAAUAAUAAAAUAAGUAAAUAUAACCACAAUGUAGUGAUUGAACAAAAAGCUGAUGAAAUUUUUCAUAAAAAUGAAAAUGUUGAAAAUGAUAAUAAAGAAAUAUUAUGCUAUAAAAAUAAUAAUUCAAAAAAUAGAAAUGAUUUAAUUUCAUAUAUAGAUAAUGAUGAAAAAAAAGAUGAACAUAAAUUAAUCAAAGAAAAUAGAGAAAAAAUAAAAGAAGAUAUAGACAUAAAAGGAUAUAUAUCGAAAAAUAUAUAUAACGACAAAAUCAAAUUACAAAAUAAUUCAAAUAAAACAUGUGAUAUUGCACAAGAAAUGGAGGAGCAACAAAUCUUAAUAAAUAGCAGAAAUAAAAAAAAUAAACACGAUGAAGAUAAUAUACUAUCUUUGAAUAGCGUAUCUUUAAAUAAUUUAAUUCUUUCAGAUAGUUAUAUAGAAUACUCUAAUGUUAUAUAUCAUAAAAAAGAAAAAUCACAUAUGUUUAAUGAAAGUGAGUAUAUUAAAAAAAAUGAAAAUUGUUUAAAUAAAAGAAAAGUGCUAAGAAAAUUAAAUUAUGAAAAUUGGAGGAGUUUAAAAGAAAAAAAAAAUAAGUAUUUAAGAUUUAAGAGAUUAAAUAAAAAUAACAAUGGUAUAAAAAAAGUUAAACAAGAUAGAUUAAUAAAAAAAAGUAAAAGUUUGAUGAAAAGUGAUAAUUAUAAAAAAAGGAAAAAAUAUGAAUAUGAUCGUUCAGUUGAAAAAAAUGAAGAGAAAAAAAAAAUUAAUCAAAUAGAAAAUAACAAUAAAUUAGAAACCAGCCAGAAUAAAGAAGAAGAGCAUAAAGAAAAUAUUAUUUUAGAAAAUGAAAAUCACAUAAAAAAUGAUAGAUAUCUGAAUUCAAAUAAAAUAUCUAAAAAAUUUCUCUUAAAUAAAUUCAUGAAUAACGAAAAGCAACAAAAUGCAAAAUACAAUUUCUAUUUAAAAUUUAAAAAGAAUUAUAACCUCAGCUUAAAUAAUCUAAACAAGAAAAUUUUGAAGAAAAGAAAACUAAAUAAAAUAUAUGAAAAUAUAUUUCAUUUAAAAGACAAAGAAAACAAUAUAGAUAAUAAUUUUCAAGUUAUUGAUAUAAAUUUUUCCAAAAAACAUGAAGAAAAAAAAAAAGUUAAAAAAAAAAAAAUUGAAAAUUCUUUAAAUAUUACUUCGAAUUAUUUAAAAAAAAAAAAAAAAAAAAAAUUAAAUUAUCCUUUGGGAUAUGGUAUUGAAGGAGAUAUUAAAAUGAACUAUCUCAAAAAUUACAAAACAAGAGAGAGAAAAAAAAAAAAAUUAUUGAAAAAUGAUAAUAUAUUUAAUAAUGAAACUCAAGAUUACAAGGAAAAGAAAAAUAAUAUAGUUAAUAUUGAAUACCAAAAAUAUGAAAAAAAAAAAAAAGUAAAAAUAAUAGAAGAAUGUGAACAGUUGGAAAAAUAUUUAGAGAAAAAUAAAAAUAUAUUUUUUUAUGAGCAUGAAUGGAUAAGUAUAAUUUUCCAAGUUAUAAAUGAUGAUAAAUUUUAUUUAGCAGAAAGGUUAAUGACUUUAAUUUUUGAAAAAGAGGAAGAGCUAUACAAAUGGUUCGUAGAUAAUAAAAAAAAGUCAAAAGAAAAAAAUAAUAGUGAUUAUAAUGAAAAUUGUGUUAACAUUAAUGAUAUAAAUGAAAAUAGUACAGACAAAAAUAAUAUUAAUAAAAAUAUAAAUAAAAAAAAUAGAAAAUUAUCUGAUUUUAUGCAGCAAAUCGUAGACAAUUGCCCAGAGGAAUGGCCCUUGUUAGAUAUAGGUAUUCUAAUCAUUGUUUCACAGAUAGUUUGCUUUAUUUUUAGUUUCAAUAAAUGGAAUUUUUUCUGUGAAAGUUGCCGAGUUUUUGAAAAGCAUUGUGUUGGUAUUUUAUUAAAUUCAUCAAUAAUUAAUUUUAAAAAAAAUAAUAAUACAAUUUUAAUGUUUGAACAUGAAUUUUUCUAUAAAAUUAUUAUACCUAAAAAUUAUAAACCCUCUAAAAAUAUUAUAAAAUAUCACUCAAAUUAUUUAAAAAAUGAUUAUCUAGUUAAAGAAAAAACUAUCUUAGAUAUAAUUUUUUUAGCUUUAGCAUAUUACAUUACUAUUAGUCAUAAUUUAAAUGAAUAUAUAGAAAAAAAUAAUAUUAUAUGUUAUUUAAAUUUAUUUCAUAAAAAUUUUGAUAAAAAAAAAGAAAUAAGAGAUGAAGAAAACAAAAAAAAAAAGAAAACAAAAAAAAGUAAAUCUCCUACGAAUAAAUGGAACUCUAUCUAUACUAAGAAUAUUAAACACAGAUUUUCAGAAGAUUUACAUAAAAAUAAAUCAAAGAAAUAUAAUCAUGACAAAAAAGAAAGAAGGAAAACUUAUUUCGAAAGAAAUUUGAGAAAAAGGCUGAGUAUACUAAGAACAACAAAAUGUAUAAAUAAGAGAGAGAACAAUCAAAAAAAUACUCAUUUAAAAAAAAUAUAUACAAAUAAAGAAGAUAAAAUUAUCAAUGAGAAUUCUGAAGUAACAAAUGAUGAUAUAGAAAAUGAAUUAACUAAUAAUAAUGAAAAAGGAGAUAAAAUAUCAAAAAGAAAAAAUUCUCGAGUUAGCAACUAUGUAAACAAUUUUGUUUUAUUUAAGAAUAAUAACAUUGAUACUAUUGUAAAAUACCAGACAAAAACAAAUUUCGAGAAAUUGUUAUGUUUAAUAAUAAUAGAAAUUUUUAAUUUAAUAUACGAUAGUAGAGAAUAUUCAAUUGAAAACAUUUUAAUUAUAAGAAAAUUUUUCCGAGUGUUUCUGAAUAUUACUCAAAAAAAAUUUAUCUCCUUAUCUAUAGAUUUACAUUUAAAAAAAAAUUAUAAAGAUGAGAAUGAUGAAAGCAUAAAAAAAAAGGAUUCAGAAGAUUAUAAAAAAAACGAAAACGAAAAUUAUGAUAAAAAAAACUAUAAAAAUGCGAAUGGUGAAAAAGUAAAUGAUGAUAAAAAAUUAAAUAAUAUCAUACCACUACCUAAUCAUAUUUAUGAUAAUUAUAAUAAUAUUUGGGCAUGGAUCGAAAGAAUAUUUUCUGAAAAUUUUUAUGAAAUAAAUAAUAUGCUAUAUAACUUAUGUUGUUCUAAAAAAAAUAAUGCGGAAAAUAAUGAAAUAAAUAUUAAUUAUGAAAAAAUAGAAUUGAUUAGUCAAAAUAUUAAAAGAUUUUCUUCUUUACAAAAACAUAAUUGUCUUAUUUUAAAAAAUUAUUGGAUAAUUUUUGGAUUAAAAGAAAAAAUUAGUAAUGAAUGUUUAGCUUCAAAUUCUCUGCUUCCUCAUAGUUAUUUUCCAAAUAUUUUUUUACAUAAUGAGAAUAUUUUGAAAAAUAAUAUUUUCUUUAAAUUAGAAAAAAAAGAUUUAUUAUAUGAUACUCUUACUUUAUAUUUUUUAUCAUGGAUAGAAUGCAUUUAUAAAGUAUUUCUUUCAAUUGAAGAAAUUCCAUCUUUUCUACACUUACAAAAUAAGAAAUAUCUCACAAAUGAUAUAAUUAAUAAAAAUGAAGAUACUUUACAAGUAUUUAAUAUAUCAUUAAAAAAUAAUGACUCUAAUAAAAGUAUACCUACAUGCAAAGAUUAUGAUAAUAAUAAAUGUUACAAACAAAAUGAAAGAGAAAAGAUUGAAUUUUUAUUAAAACAAAUAAAGAAAAAGUUAAAAAUUUACGAUAUACAGUGGCAUGAACAAUAUGAGAAAAAAUAUUUAGAUUUAUUAAUAUGUAUGAAAAUGAUGAAAAAAAAAUUUAAACAAAAAAAAUUGUUUAGGAAAAUUAUGAAAUAUAAUAUAUCAUCUAUAUGGUUAAACAAAAGCCAAGUUUAUUUACAAUAUAUUCAAAUAACAAUUAAUUGUAAAUUUUUUUUAGGAUCUUCUUAUCAUGAAAUUUAUUUAUUUAUAAAAAAAAAUUAUGAGCUUGUGAUUCAUAUGAUAGAGAACAAAGUAGAUGAAAAAAAAAUUCAUGAUGGAUACGUAGAAGAAAAGGAAAAGAAAAUUUAUAUUGAAGAUGAAAAUAACUGUACAUAUGAAAAUGAAAACAUGAUUAGUGAAAAUAUUUUAUUAAUGGCUUGGGAGAUUGCGAAUUUUUAUUUUUCUAUUCUUUAUUUUAAGUUAGAACUAAAAAGUAUAUUAAUAGAAAUGUUAAAGUGGAUAAAAAUUUUUGAAAAAGACGGAGAAAAAUUUUUUGAUUUUUUUAAAUUUCGUUGUGUAUCAUAUAUUUUACAUAUAUUAAUAUUUACAAAUAAAUAUAAAUAUGCUCAAAAAAUAAUAAAGCAUAUAUCACAUGAUUAUUUUAACUGCAACUAUUUAAAAAAAGAAUCGAAAAUAAUUUUAAUAAAUGAUGAUAAUAAUAAUAGAAUAUAUAAUAAAAUAGUGGAUGCAAAGGAUGAUUUUAUAGAAAAUACAACUAUCAAUAUAAAAAAAUGUUUUAAUAAUAAUAUUACGAAUGAACUUAACAACGGAUAUACUAGAAGAAGCUUUUCAAAUUAUGAGAAAAAAGAAUUACAUUCACACAUUUUAAAUAAAUGUUAUUUAUAUGAUAAAUGGAUUAAUUUCAAAAUGAAAAAAUAUAAUAAUCUUAUUAUUUAUUUAUUAAAAAAGAAAAAUAUUGUUAAAUUAAUUCUAUUUAAUAAUAAAAAUUUAAACGUUCUUAUGAAAAGGAAAAAAGAAAAGAAAUUAAUAAGACAUGUAAGCAUUAAAAUGGCAAAAUUACAAGAUAUACUAUUAUCAAUAUAUUAUCUAUGUAUAAAAUUAUAUAAAAGUUAUUAUUACCAUUCAUCUAUUCUUCAUUAUAAUACUUCACAACAAAUUUUAGCUGCAUCGAAAUAUUUAAACAUAGUUAUAAAAAAAAAAGAAAUAAUAAUGAAUUACUUUCCUUUAUCUUUUCAAAAUAGCAAAUAUGUAAAAAAAAAAAAUUCGAUAAAUGAUUCUAAUUCUUUUAUUGAAUCUCAAAAUUUAUUAAGUCUAGAUGGUGUUUUUAAUGAUAAUUUAAAUUUAUUAAAUAUUUCUUCUUUAAAUAAUGAAGAAAAUAAUAAUUAUUUCUUUGAAUAUAAUAAAGAAUGUAUAAAAUUAAAUAUAGAGGAUAAAAUAAAUAAUAAUGAAAAUAAUGAUUUAUUUUAUCUUCAUGCUCUUAUCCUUAGUAUACAGAUACAAUACACCUUAUCUAUUUCAAUCAUUAUUUGUUCAGAUUUAUUUAAUUUUUCAAGAAAACUGAAGAGAUUAAAAAAAAUCAAAAAAAGAAAUAGAAACAUACAAAAGGAUAAUUACAAAAAAUUGACUUUUAUUUCUUCCAUAUUUAAUUAUAAAAUUCUCUGUAAACAUUAUAGAAUUAUGAACAUUCAUGAUAUUAAUGGAAAGAAAGAAAAAAUGAAAAGAAAAAAAAAGAAAAAAAAAAAGAAUAACAGUAAUAAUUUAGAUAAUGGUAUUAAUAAUGAUAAUUUAGAUAUUACUUACCCAGAAAAAAAUCUGAAUAAUAAUUUCAUAUUUAACGAAACAAGAAAUAAUACAAGCAAAAUGUAUAAUAAUGAUAUUGCCUUAUCACAAAAAAAUAAGAAGUUAACGAAAUUUACUAAUAUUUCCUUAAAUGAUUUUAAUAGCAUUUUAAAUAAAGAAAAUAACAGAAAUUAUAAUUCAGAUAUUAUUACUUCAACAAAAAAUAACUAUCAAGAAUUGAUUGAUAAAUCUCCUUUAAGUGAUUCUAUUUUAGAUAACUAUAGAAAUUAUAAGCAAUAUACUUUAAAGAAAGAAAAGAAAAAUAACCAUUUCAAUAAAUUAAAAAUAAAAAAAAAAAAUGACAUAAAUAUAAAUAACAAUUUUCAUAUUUUAAUAAAAAUUUCAACAUGGUUAAGUAAGAACUCUGCAUCUCAACUAAUAUGGAUAGCACAGAAAUUAUUUAAAAUGUAUUUACCAGAACUAUUAUGUGUGAUUUUAGCGCUUCAAGCAAAUAUGUUUAAGAAUAAAAAUAUUUUAACAAAUAUAAAACGAAUUGACAGAAUUUUGAAGUUAUGCUCAGAAAAUCCGCAGUUAGUUUAUUUUGCUACAGAAUCUUUAAAAAGUUACAAAAAUAGAAAAAAUUUGAAGAAAUAUAAAAAUUAUUUUAAAUUAAAUGAAAAAUAUAAAGAAAUAUUUUUGAAUAAAAAAAAAGAUAUAAAUAAUUCAAAAGAUAUUUUAUAUAAAGUUUGUGAUUAUUUUUUUAAUUAA